AUGGACACGAGGGCCCCCAAGAAAUACCCACAAUAUAAGAAGAACAGGACUAAGACACAGGAGGAAUUUGCCAGGAAGUUUCCAUACAGGUUCUCUUGGCUGACGGAGCCCAACUCGGAGUCCCUGCAGCCCUGGGAGGUCACGAAGAUGAACAGCUCACUGCGGGAGCAGCUGCCACUGCAGAAGAUGUUGGUGCCAACAAGAUCCAUCCCAGUCAGAGGGCUUGGCGCCCCAGAUUUCACACCAGUGUCCAGCUUCCCCCUGCUGCCGCCGCCUCCACUGAGCAACCUGUGGGAACUCAAGCUACUGAGCCACCGCUUCCCUGGGGCCAAGCAUCCAUACUGCCCUCCCUGGCGCCAAUGUUGA